CAAGGAGGUGUCCUCUGAACCCCUAGUGUCUUAGCAGGGAUUCAAACCCGUGCCAGCCUGUUCUUUGCCAAACUGUCUCCACUGCCUCUGAUCGCCACCCCCCAGUCCCAAAGCACUAGUCCAGAACAGCUCUCCCUUUGUCUGAAGGACACUGUGACUUCCUUGUUACGUCACUCACUCAGUCACAAUUGGGCUGAGAGCAGAAUGUGGCCCGGCCCACCAGGUCCCCAGGGCAGCCCUGCCAGCCCAGCAGGCCCGGCUUUGCCACACAGGCACCAUGGAGUACCCGCUGGGGCUGCUGGUGGACGACCCCGCGUUUUCUUUCCUGGUGCUCUGGCUCUGCCUGCCCGUGGGCUUGCUGUUGGUCUUGCUGAUCGUCUGGCUACGCUUCUUACUUAGCCUAGAUUCAGAGGGAAAUGACUCGGAUUUAUGCUUUUACUGGGAGCCCUCGAGGCUUAUGUUUUGCUGUGAGGGGACACUUAAUAGCCAAGAGGAGGAGAAGCCCUGCGCUGAGCCUUUUCAUGUUGUGCAUGUGCUCAACAGUUUUGUGUUAAGGGCCAGCUUCAUGGGUGAUAACCUGUGUAGUUCCAUGAAGUCCCAUGAGCAGAAGAGCCUCAUGCUUGGUUUAAUGUUCUGCUGUUACUUGUCUUAAAAUUCUUAAUUUUUGAAUGAGAGGCUUCACAUGUUCAUUUUUUAUUGGGCCACAGAUAAUGUAGCCUGGCCUCUUUGUGUAUAAUUAGUGGGGUAAGAAAAGGAGAUUUUUUUGGACUCUGCUCAAGAAUCCUGUCCCAUUUAUAUAGAGCCCACCUCAUUGUGUAUCUGUUCCUCUCUCACUCUUUCACUCCAUUGUCC